AUGUUUGAUGCAAAUUAUGAUACUCUUGUGUGGGCCCUGCAAAAGAAUGGCUUCGGAAACUUACCAAUCAUAGUCGGAGAGAUUGGAUGGCCAACAGAUGGAGACCGGAAUGCUAACAUAGUUUAUGCUCAGAGGUUCAAUCAAGGUUCUAUGUCCCACAUAUUGGGUGGCAGAGGAACCCCAACCCAAUGA